UCAGUAAGAUCUCAUCCUCCAGACUUGUGAAUUCUGGGAAAAAAAUUACUUCCACAUGUUUCUAAAACUACUUAGGAUUUUUGACUGGUUGGUGGUCUAUUGAUUCUAAGUAUCUGACCUGUCAAAACGCCAUCUUUAAACUCCAGUGAUGCAUAGAGGCUUGGAAUUAGCUGGGGCUGAAUUUAUUACAGAACAAAGGGAGGUGAUGAUUAACACACCCAUCUGAGCAGUAGGGGGGAAAAUAAUCCUUGAAUGGAUUAGAUGCCAUGAUCCUAAAACCACAUUCUCUGAGUGUUGGGUACUUGCCCAGAAAUGGGAGAGGCCAAACACUGAUGCCUUUUAAAUGACAGGGUAUCUCCAUGGGACUCUGGUCAGGGACACUGGUGCAGAGAGUUGAGGGUCAAUAGGGAAGAAGCCUUUCUUUCUCCUGUGCUCUAGCAGAGUUGAGGACUAGACCCGCUCCGUGUGCAGUAACCCUCAGAACGGACGGCCCACUCUGUUAGUGUUACACAAUUAUCAGUCUGCCUGUGUGGGUGGGGAUUACACUGAAGUGUAAAUAAAAGAGUUGUUUUUUGUUUGUUUGUUUCUUUUAACCACUGAACGGGAAUAACUUACAAUUUUUUUUGGACUCCAGUAAGCUACUUUCAAGACAGACAUAGAGGCUGCCAAGAAGCUGAAAUGAAUUAUUAUGUACUGUCCCCCAAGAAGUCAAGGGUGCUAGUCAGGCUUUCCCUGUUCCCUGACAAUAUCUGGUAGAUUCUGUGCACUCCCAAGAUGUAAUUCCAGGGAAAUUUAUCUUUGUAAGAAUAGUCCACGGACAGAGCACUAAACCCCUUUUCUGAAAGAUUUUUUCGUUCUCUCUUUUCUCUAACAUGGCUUACAAACUUUGUAAAAAGUCUGGAUUUUUAAAAUAGCAUGAUUUAAUAGCAUUGGUGGAGGUUGGGUCUCUGAGACAGACCUCCAUCAGAAGGGUACCCUCCUGAGGAGGAAACAGGCCAUUAGGAAAGUCAUUUUGACCCCCCAUUCCCUGGAGGGAAUCACAGACCCAGGUGCUCAGGAAAUCUCCUGUCACUCUGAGAUGGGCCGGGACACGGUGCCAUGUCCGAAGCUUCUAAAUACAGUUCAGGCUGGGUCAUCAUGACAGAUGCUGAACUGGCACCCCCACGGGCUUUGCAGUGGGAGCUCUGACGGCUUAAAUGCCACGGCCCCUGGGCUCCAGGCCCUCCUGGGCUGGGACAGGGAGAGGCCCUGCAGAGCCUUAUGGGGAGGAGGGCAGGAGCAACUUUGGCAAGGAAAUCCCGCUGCCUCGACGACACCACCACUCUUUCAGAAAGCAACAGGCACCCGGCGACACACUAGCUAUUUUAGAAGCUGUCAGAUUCUGAAUUGCUGACAUACUUGGAGGACGCGGUCUCUUCAAGAGUCAUUCUGACCGAGAUUCCGAGCAGAGCACCGGUUCAGACUCUGAGGUGCUCACUGAGCGGACUUCCUGCUCCUUUGACACUCACACUGACCUGGGCCCUGGUGCUGCAGGCCCUGUGCCUGCCGCCAUGUCUUCCAUGGAAGAGAUUCAGGUGGAGCUGCAAUGUGCUGACCUAUGGAAGCGGUUCCAUGACAUUGGAACUGAGAUGAUCAUCACCAAAGCAGGCAGGAGGAUGUUUCCUGCCAUGAGAGUAAAAAUCACUGGCCUGGACCCACACCAGCAAUACUACAUAGCAAUGGACAUUGUGCCUGUGGACAAUAAAAGAUACAGAUAUGUGUACCACAGCUCCAAGUGGAUGGUGGCUGGCAAUGCGGACUCCCCUGUGCCCCCAAGAGUUUAUAUACACCCUGAUUCUCUAGCUUCUGGAGACACUUGGAUGAGACAGGUGGUCAGUUUCGACAAACUCAAGCUGACCAACAAUGAAUUGGAUGAUCAAGGACAUAUCAUUCUGCACUCUAUGCACAAAUACCAGCCUCGAGUUCACGUGAUCCGUAAGGAUUUCAGCAGUGACCUGUCGCCCACCAAACCUGUCCCCGUUGGGGAUGGAGUGAAAACAUUCAACUUUCCUGAGACCGUGUUCACCACAGUCACAGCCUACCAGAACCAGCAGAUCACCAGAUUAAAAAUCGAUCGAAACCCUUUUGCUAAAGGAUUCAGAGAUUCUGGAAGAAACAGGACCGGACUGGAAGCCAUCAUGGAGACUUACGCGUUCUGGAGACCCCCUGUGCGCACACUCACCUUUGAGGAUUUCACCACCAUGCAAAAGCAGCAAGGGGGCAGCACAGGCACUUCCCCGACCACCUCCAGCACUGGGACACCAUCGCCUUCAGCUUCUUCUCACCUUUUGUCUCCAUCCUGUUCUCCUCCAACAUUUCACCUGGCCCCCAACACUUUCAACGUGGGCUGUCGAGAGAGCCAGCUGUGCAAUCUAAACCUCUCUGAUUAUCCACCAUGUGCCCGAAGCAACAUGGCUGCCUUGCAGAGCUACCCGGGGCUGAGUGACAGUGGCUACAACAGGCUCCAGAGUGGCACUGCUUCAGCCACUCAGCCCUCCGAAACCUUCAUGCCUCAGAGGACUCCAUCCCUGAUCUCAGGAAUACCGACUCCUCCCUCGUUGCCUAGCAACAGCAAGAUGGAAGCCUACGGUGGCCAGCUGGGGUCCUUCCCCACUUCCCAGUUCCAGUAUGUCAUGCAGGCCGGCAAUGCAGCCUCGAGCUCCUCCUCACCACACAUGUUCGGGGGCAGCCACAUGCAGCAGAGCUCCUAUAACGCCUUCUCUCUCCACAACCCUUACAAUCUGUACGGAUACAAUUUCCCCACUUCUCCGAGGCUAGCCGCAAGCCCGGAAAAACUGAGCGCCUCUCAAAGCACUUUACUCUGUUCUUCUCCUUCCAACGGGGCCUUUGGAGAGAGGCAGUACCUGCCCACGGGGAUGGAGCACAGCAUGCACAUGAUUAGCCCUUCGCCCAACAACCAGCAGGCGACUAACACCUGUGACGGCCGGCAGUACGGGGCGGUCCCAGGCUCCUCCUCCCAGAUGUCCGUGCACAUGGUUUAAUGGCCAGGCCGAACAGCACGGAGCCGGGGCCCCAGAGUCUCCACGGGCAGAUCCUCCUCUUUGGGAGCCCAACGCCUUUGAAAAACGGGAACUGUGUAUUUUUUUUUCUUUUUUUUUUUUUUUUCUGGAGGAGGAAAGCACAUCCCGAAGAAGAACAAAAGACCUUUAAGCCACUGAAGGAUACUUAACCGUGUGGAAUCAUCUCCGACUCAGUGGCCAUUCUCCUGCCUUCCCAAACCUUAGUUUUAUAAAGCAUUGUCUACUCUAGAGUGGCCUUUGAAGAAACUGAAUUAUCAUUUUAUAAUAAUGUUAAGGGAGAUGCUAGCAUGUAGCAGCCAUAAAAAGUUACCCCCACACAAAUACAGACCUACCUAUACGUACACACAUACAUACAUACAUGCGUGCAUGCAUGCACACACACACACACAUACAUAUUCGCACACAAACUUACCUACAGCGAUACACACACACACACACACACACACAGACUUGGAACUGGGCGAACUCUGUGGAGGGGGGCCCAGGUGGGUGCUUUCACCAAGAAUUGGUCUAUGUACAACGCUAGAUGGACUGGGCCAGCAGUAGCUGCCAACCUUUCUCCCCUGCAGCUUACCCCGUUUCUGGAAUGAACCGUGUAUCCUGGAACCCCCUCCUACCCACAAGGGUGGACAGACACCACCACUACAACUGGACUUGGCUUCCUGAAAAAGAUGGCUUUUGAACUUUGGCUCUCCUCACUCUGUGUUCGAUCGCUGACGUUCCCAGUGGUACCUGUGAAAAGGGAGUAAGAGUAGCCGAAUGAGAAAAGAGGAGAAGGAGUAGUGGGCAAGAGAGAGGCGGAGAGCGAGACUGAGAGAGGAAGUGUGAGCAAUGGUGAGAGUGACAACGCACCGAGGAGAUUGGUUUGGGGUCGUUUCUCCCCCUCCCCCCUACAGGUGAUAGAAUCAUGGCGUUACCGAGGAGUAAGCCUCUCUGGGACACUGUGCAGAGUCAGGGCACUGGAGAGAGGACCCGGGCAAGGAAUGCACUUGGAUCCCACAGCUCUGACCAGCAUGAUCUAGAAGAGGGGUGCGCGGCCUGGGAAGUGCCCAUUCCAGAGCGCGAAGCCUGGCAGGGGAGGGGGAACAGGAGUGUGAAGAAGGAAGGGUGUUAUAAUCCCGACAGAUGAUACCAAGAGCAGAGGCGACAAAUCGAGGCCUGGCCGUCUGCAUGCCAGAUCCAGACACCUGACCUGGAUUGUCUGCCCCGCAGCCCCCGGGGCAGGAGAAAUCCAGUCACGUUCCAGGGAAUUACAGAUGGGCCUUUCUGCAUCCUUCCACAUGCCCUUAGGUCUCCAUUUUUAUCAAAUAGUUUAUUGCAUUUUGAAGUUUGGGUUUUUUUUCCUUCAUCUUUCCCUGUCCCCUCAAAUCCUUUAAUGUUAAGAAAACAAGUAAAGUUUGGUGCAAGCUAAACUUUUUAAGUGGUGUGGAAAUGCAAAUAAUACCAAGUAAUACAGAUAUUAUUAAGAUUUUUGGUUUUGAGGUGUUGUAGAUAAAUGUAUUUAUGUGCCUAGUGGGGAAUCCAAUAUUAUGAAUAUUAAAAAAGGGGGCAAUAAAAAGGGUAUGUAAAAUAUGUAUGAAGUAAAGGUGUAUAAAAAAUUUGCCCUUAUGCACGGAACUGUUUCUAAGUGCCAAGCACAGAAAGCCGCUAAAUAAAAUCUUUGCAAUUGUU